AUGCACAUCUACCGCCGUCAAGCCAGGAAUCUGGCCUGGUACGACCAGGAAGGCGAGCCAUCCGUUUAUAAUCCCUUUAAAAAGUUCAAAGCACGGCCGCGACGGUCCAAUUCCUAUCAGAUGGAGAGCGGACUCACUUCCGUCCGCACGGCGGGGGAGGUGCGCAUGUCGGAGGAACGACGGCGGCGGAGGGACAUGACCGACGGCCUGGCCGGUCCAGAGCACGCAGACACCUUUCCGCCAGAGUCGUCAGGAACGGACGGUCUUCAUCGAACAGAAAGUGGAGAGAAAUCGGCCGAGCCAUCGAUGCGCAGCCAUGACCCCAUCAACGUCACCAACCAAGAGGGACAGGAUGAGAUCCCGGAAGGAAAACCUCGGAAGAGGAAGACCCUUUUGAGCGGCUAUGGAAGUCGGUCUGAGGAUGGGGAAGCCGUAUCUUCGGUGGAGGAGGCGAAGGAUGAACCUGACAAGCAAAAGUUCACCGCCGUUGGCCAGCUCAAGGCGACUAUUUUCAACUCUUGGAUGAACGUCCUCUUGAUCGCUGCGCCAGUUGGAAUUGCACUGAAUUACGUCAACGUUGAUCCGGUGGCCGUCUUCGUGGUCAACUUCGUUGCUAUUAUACCCCUUGCGGCCAUGUUGAGUUAUGCCACGGAAGAAAUCGCCUUGCGUACUGGUGAAACGAUUGGUGGUCUGUUGAAUGCAUCAUUCGGUAAUGCGGUCGAGUUGAUCGUCGCCAUCAUCGCCUUGGUCGAUAAGCAGGUUGUCAUUGUUCAAACGUCACUUAUAGGCAGUAUGCUUUCGAAUCUGCUGCUGGUUAUGGGCAUGUGUUUCUUUUUCGGUGGCGUCAAUCGUCUCGAGCAACACUUCAACCCGGUUGUCGCGCAAACAGCGGCUAGUCUUUUGGCACUGGCGGUGGCUACCGGAACUGUGGGAAUUGCCCCGUUGUCGCGAGGCACCAGUAUCAUCUUGCUCUUCGUCUACGGAUGCUACCUCUUCUUCCAGCUCAAGUCGCACACCGAGAUCUACAACAGACCCAGCCCCAAGGUCGAGAAGCGACGCCAAAAGGUGUCCGGUGGUGACGCCAGCCGGGGCCUUGCCCAGAUCGGCAAGAUGACGGCCACCAUGGGUGGUCAGAACGCGCAGCAGAUGCAACUGCACGAGGAGGACGACGAGGAACAGCCUCAGCUCAGCAUCUGGGUUGCCGUCCUGACACUGACCAUCUCCACGACCUUUGUCGCAUUGUGCGCUGAAUUUAUGGUUGGUUCCAUUGACGCUCUUACGGAACGAGGCCACAUCUCGGAGACAUUCGUCGGGCUGAUCCUGCUCCCUAUCGUCGGUAAUGCGGCCGAGCACGCCACGGCGGUGACGGUGGCAUGCAAGGACAAGAUGGACCUGGCGAUUGGAGUGGCUGUGGGAUCAAGCAUGCAGAUUGCUCUGCUGGUUCUGCCGUUGGUUAUUGUGAUUGGAUGGAUUAUGGGACUCGAGAAUAUGACCUUGUAUUUCGAUGCAUUCCAAGUGAUCCUGCUUUUCGUCUCUGUGUUGCUGGUGAACUAUCUCAUUGCCGAUGGCAAAUCGCACUGGCUCGAGGGUGUGCUGUUGAUGAUGAUGUAUUUGAUCAUCGCCGUGGCUGCUUGGUUCUAUCCUAACAAGACCGAAACAGCUGCUUAA